AUGGAUGCAGAGAUCUGGCAAAAUUCAAAGAGAGGGUUUCCAUUCAAUAUUCCCUUGAACUUUAUUGUUCUAACUGCUUUUGGGGCACCUUUCGCACUUGCAGUGAUGUUAUUGGAAUUUGAAGAUAAGCAUUUAAGGGAAGUGAUUGGUAUAACUCUGAUACUUUCCAUCUUAGGCUAUACUGUCUCUUACUACGCAAUUGAUUCAUUUAAAUAAAACUUAGAGACCAAGAAUCUCUUUGGAAUUGAUCUUAAUAAAGCAGGGAAGAGAGAAGAAAAGCCUAAAGUUCCGGAGGCAUUAGGGUUAAUAAUAGGCAUCAUAUUUCUAAUGAUAACCAUUCAUGAAUAACUUCUGCUACCUACCAAUUAUAAAAGACUUGUGGAAUAUAACGCAGGGCUAUUAUCAAUAUGUAUGUCCAUUUUGCUUGGAUUUGCAGAUGAUGUGCUAGAUUUGAAAUGGAGACAUAAGCUAAUAGUACCAACCAUUGCUACUUUCCCAAUUAUCGUUGCCUAUAAUGGCUUAACUAACAUUGUUGUGCCAAAGCUGUUCAGAUUCAUGCUAGGAAAUAAUAUUGAUCUAGGAAUGAUUUACUUAUUUUACAUGAGUAUGCUAGCAGUCUUUUGUACAAAUGCCAUCAACAUUUAUGCAGGAAUAAAUGGAAUUGAAGUUGGCUAGAGCUUUAUUAUUGGAUGCUUUAUCUUUAUUCACAAUGUUAUUGAAAUCUACUUGAAGGCAACUCCAUAAUCUUAUGACUAGCACAUAUUCUCAAUUUCAAUUAUCGUUCCAUUCUUGUUUAUGACACUCGCCUUGCUAUAGCAUAAUAAAUUCCCAUCUAAAGUGUUUGUGGGUGAUACCUUUUGCUAUUUUGCAGGUAUGACCUUUGCUGUUGUCGGAAUCCUUGGUCAUUUUUCUAAGACAAUGCUUCUUUUCUUUAUUCCAUAAGUGUUUAACUUCAUUCUCUCAGCUCCUUAGAUCUUUGGAAUCAUUCAUUGCCCAAGACAUAGGUUGCCUAAAUUCAACCAUGAAACAUACAGAUUAGAAGCAAUCAUAAGUUGCUGCUUUGCCUUGUUCGUUAGAUACUUCGUCUCCAGUUUAUUUUAUUGA